GGGAAAGGAAGUAAGAAAAGGCCCCAAAGAUCGUGUGGUUUGCGGGUCGUUUUCUUGAGAUUGGCUUCUCAGUCAGCCUAUCAGGAACCAGUCAACUUCUUUGAGAUGUAUAAGAGCGAAGUGAAGUUUUGUUAGUGCAUGUCUUUGUUCACGUGUGGACAGAAAGUAGCGCGCUCGGUGCUUGGCAGGCUGGACAACAAGCAAAAACUAGUUUUUUUUAUAGGUCAAGUAUUUUGGGAAUAUGCCCGUAGCGUGCCACGUGCGUAAUGCCGAGGAUAACUCCUAAAUUGCAGAAUUAAUGCGUUGUGGAUUUAUGAAGGAACGAGAGCGUGUCACAGUAGUUUACCCUAACGGGGGCUGUGGAAAGGAAUUACUCAUUUCCCACACGGACACUGGCACAUCCGCGCGCGUCCGUGUCACCGCCGGACGGGUCUCAGAGUCAAUGGAUGAAAAGGAACAGAAGCCAGCAGAAUGGUUGUUGCGGGAGCGAGCAACGGGACCGUUGGUAGCGGCAACAUGAGGUCUUCGCUCAUGAUCGACGACAGAGUCGGCGGUGGAGGAGAUCCCGGGGUCUCCGCCAGCAUGACGAUCUCCGAGGUUCUUGCGCCUCGGCUGCUGAAGAUCGCGCAGAGCGCCGCUGAAGCGGCGGCGGCGGCCGUAACGACGUCUCCGUCCACCACCAGUCAGCCGCUGGUCAUGGAGACGAACGGGACGCGCUGCGGGGAGCAGAUUCUGAGCUACGGCUGGGCCGAGAAGGUCCUAAUCGGUGGCGUCCUCACCAUGCUCACGCUGUCCACCAUUUGCGGGAACAUGCUGGUGGUCAUCUCCGUGUGCUUCGUCAAAAAGCUGCGCCAGCCCUCCAACUAUCUGAUCGUGUCCCUUGCCGUGGCGGACCUCUCCGUGGCCCUGGCGGUGAUGCCGUUCGUCAGUAUCACGGACCUGAUUGGUGGCCAGUGGAUAUUCGGACAGUUCUUCUGUAACGUUUUCAUCGCCAUGGAUGUGAUGUGCUGCACCGCGUCCAUCAUGAGUCUGUGCGUAAUCAGCAUCGAUAGGUAUCUGGGUAUCACCAAACCCCUGACGUAUCCCGUCCGGCAAAACGGCUGCUGCAUGGCCAAGAUGGUCCUCUCGGUGUGGCUCCUCUCCGCCUCCAUCACGCUCCCUCCUCUGUUCGGCUGGGCGCAGAACGUCAACGACGGCAGGGUCUGCCUCAUCAGUCAGGACUUCGGCUACACCGUCUACUCCACCGCCGUGGCCUUCUACAUCCCCAUGUCGGUCAUGCUCAUCAUGUACAACCGCAUCUACCGCGCCGCCAAGCUCAGCGCCGCCAAGCACACCAUCACCUGCUUCCCCAGGGAGAGGGAGCACGCCGGAGGGGUGGCUCCCCGGGGGGCGAGGCGGGGGCAAGAGGCCCGCCGGCCGGCGGCUUCGGGGGACGCGGCCAGCGCCGAGGGCACCGAGGCCGGGCAGGGAGCCGAGGAGGAGGAAGAGGAGGAGGAGGAGGAGGAGAGCCUGGACUGCGUGGCGGCGGCGUUGAAGCUCCAGCGCGAGGUGGAGGAGGAGUGCGGCACGCGCGUCUCUCGCCUCCUCAAGACCGGGGAGCACCACCAGCGCCGCAAGAGGAAGAACCAGUCCAUCUUCAAGCGGGAGCAGAAGGCCGCCGCCACCCUGGGCAUCGUGGUGGGCGCCUUCACCUUCUGCUGGCUGCCGUUCUUCUUGGUGUCCACCGCCAGGCCGUUCGUCUGCGGCGUGGAGUGCAGCUGCGUGCCGCUCUGGCUGGAGAGGACUCUUUUGUGGCUGGGCUACGCCAACUCCCUCAUCAAUCCCUUCAUCUAUGCAUUCUUCAACCGCGACCUGAGGACCACGUACAGCAACCUCCUGCGGUGCCGCUACAGGAACAUCAACCGGAAGCUGUCGGCGGCGGGCAUGCACGAAGCCCUGAAGCUGGUGGAGAAGCCAGACCCCGGCGUGUAGGGAGAGUUGUCGGCGUGUGCCGAUCGACGGAGACGUUGGCACGAGGCCACAACUCAUCCAGAAUGGUUGUUCCCCCUCAAAUGUGUGCGAUGGUCACCGAAGGCGAGCUGAGGCGGGCUGAUUGAUGCGCGUGAAGCGGAGUGGAGGAAGCGUUAAUGCGGCACAUUUGGGGAAGGAUUUUGGAUUUGUCCGAAUUGUAGCGGCUGCAGUGGACUAUUUGUAAAAAGAUGUACAGUGAAAGCGACCCGCUUUGUGAUUGGUGGUUUACGUACAAACUGGUUGUUUCCCCACUGAAAAAGUUUUCUGCACCUGAAAUUGUUCCAGAAGGUGAUGGUGCUACACGAUGACUUUGUACUUAUCCGCCACGGCGGCGGGGAAACUUGUAUUUUUGAGGUUGGAGCCAAGGAAAACUUGGCCCUCACGACCU